ACCCCCCAAAGUUCACAGAAAUCAAUCAAUGGAGAUGAACAAUAGUUUCAACGUAGAAAUAAUCUCAACAGAGAUAAUAAAGCCUUCAUCUCCAACACCUUCAACCCACCAACACCACAAACUUUCAUUUCUUGACCAAUUUGCCCCCGGCAGCUACACUCCUCUCCUUUUCUUCUACCCCGGUGGCGGCGACGACCACAUCGACCGGUGUCGGAAAUUGAAGGAAUCUCUCGCUGAAACCUUGAGCCGUUUCUAUCUUCUUGCCGGCACUCUGGUGGAGGCUUAUCUGGUGGAGUGUAACGAUGAGGGCGUGCCAUUUUCUGAAGCGAGAGUUUCCGGCCACCUGUCGGAAGUUAUGGAGAAUCCAAACGACGUAGUUUCGUUGCAUCGGCUGCUACCGUUUCACCCUGAUGUUGUUCUUGAAAGGGAGUGUAUUUUGGGUGUUCAAUAUAAUGUUUUUGAGUGUGGCGGUGCUGUGAUUGCUGUUUGUGUUACUCACAAGGUCGUCGACGGCACCUCCACCACCAUGUUCACUAAAGCUUGGGCUUCCACUUGUCGCGGGGACAACAAGUACCCGAUAGUGCCGACAUUCGACGCGACGAAGUUAUUUCCGGCAAUGGAAAUUCGGGGCAGAAACAAACGGCAUCCCCCAAUGCACAAAAUCGUAACAAGAAGAUUCAUCUUCAACAAGUCCAAUAUUGCCGCUCUAAAAAAACAAGCCAAUUCCGCCGCAUUAUUCCUCAACCAACGCCCUCCUUCACGAGUAGAAUCCGUCUCCGGCUUCCUCUGGAACCGAUUCAUAGCCCUAUCCCAUAAAAAAACCCCAACCAAAGCAAAGCGUUUCGCCGUAAUCCAAGCCGUCAAUCUUCGCAACCGAAUGAACCCACCGUUGCCGCAGCACUCCUUCGGCAACAUCUGGUGGUUCGCCACCGCCGACGUUCCAAUCGACGAGAAACAAGACUUCCCGUCGUUGGUCGGCAAAAUCAGAGAAGCGAUAAAAGAAAUCGACGAUGAAUAUACAAAGACGUUGGAAGAUACAGAGAAAUCGUUGCGGGCAAAAAUGAAGAUGGGGGAAAGGGUUUAUUCAGGGGAAGUGGAACUGUUUAGCUUCACAAGUUGGUGCAAUUUUCCAGUUUAUGAAACGGAUUUUGGUUGGGGAAAACCGACGUGGGUCUGUAGUCCUGGGAGGCCGUUCAAGAACGUGGUGCUUUUUGUUAACACUAGCGAUGGUGAAGGAAUCGAAGCAUGGGUGAAUUUGGAGAAAAAUGAUAUGGCGCUUUUUGAGAAUGAUUCCGAACUUCUUUCCUUUACAUCAUCUUCCUGAAAUAUGAAAAUUUUAUCCAUUUAACUUUUCACUAUUUUGAUUGUAUUUGUAUCCAUUUAAAUAUGAAAUUUUUAUAGGUGUGUAUCAAUUUGAAAAUUAUGUUAUAUUUCAUUUGAGUCUGGAAA